UUUAUGUGAAUACGGUCUUAUAGUUUGUACACUUCUCCGUAGAGCCAAACUAGGCUUUUAAAAAGCUCUCUGCUGUAAGAUUAACCGAGACCAACAAUUACCACUAGUUUACCAGUUCAUUUCGUUACAGAUGUGUCAUUUAUACAUGUAAAGCUACUUUGGUAAACGUUGUACUUUGGAUGACUUUACCAGAGAGAGUACAUAACAUCGCUCCAUAAACGCAAUAUUAAAAAUCGCGCCACUGCCAAGGGUCGCUAUAGCCUAUCGUGGAACAAGCUAAACAAAUUGGUGAGUUUCUUUUCAUUGCAAACAAUAAAGCUUAGUCGUGUUACAGCUAAGCAAGUAGGUUGAAACAGUGUGUGAUUAACAAUUAAGUGGAAAUAAACCGAUGUUUUCGUUUCAGUACAUAAUAUAUGACACAUUUAAGCCAUUUCGUGAACUAGCUAAUAUCCGAGCAUCGAUUUUGAACAAUGGCGAAAGGAAGACCAGGAACGUACGCGCAUAGUCGUCGUCGUCGUGGAACUGUCGUGAACAGCAGUCAGACGAUGGAGGAGAUAAACUUUUUCCAAAAACUUCCACUGGAGUUGGUUCAUAUGAUUUUGGACAACCUAUCAGUGCUGGAGGUCAGUAAGCUCUGUUUAGCGUCCACACAAAUGAAUAGAUGUGUGGUGGACUAUAUCAGCACUCACGCCUGGAAAAACAAAAUGAUGCACCAUAGCUACCAUUACAUCAGUUGCCCUGAGCAGGAAUGUUUGAGUGGACAUUUCAGAGACCUGGGUGUAUUGUUCAAACGUUGUACAAUGCUGCUACCUACAAAGGAAAGGCUGAAAUGUGUCAUGUACACGUUUUCACAGGUUCCAUGCUUCUUACAGGAUAGUUGCUCACAGCCAAAUUGCAUUGGUUUCUUUAGAUAUGGAAUUUUUUUGCAGACCCUAAUUGCUGGGUGGGAUGAUCUGGAGUGCCAAAAAGUAUUCUCCUUUUUGUGUGAAGUCACCAAUUUGCUCCGUAAAAUUGAGGCAGUCACUACCAAUGGGAAACCUGGGCUGAAAUGCAAUGAAGAGCUAGAGCUUCGCUACUUCUGCCGUAAGGUUUUGCUGGACUUGUCACCGCACCCAUCAGAAUGUCGAUUUUGGCUCCUGCAGCUCCUGAGGCCCUGGCCUUUGGUCAGCCAGGCACACCUACUGUUAAUCCUAUAUGGACCACAACUGGCUACAGGCCCCAUCAGUUGGCAGGAUCUCGUGGAAGAGGUGCUGCCUCGGAAUGCUUUGGUUGACCUGGCCAAGUCCAUCAUUUUGGUCUUCAACAACCCCCAAAAUAAAAAAUCUUCCAUACAAUCAACCCUGGCCAUCUUCGAAGAGAUCACUGUAAUUCCUCAGGAAUGGCACGUGCAUAAUAUUGCUCGUCUCUUGGUGCUAUGUGGCCAUAAACUGUGCUACAUUAUCUUGGCCAACAAGGUCCAAUCUGGACAGAUCACAUCUGUUGCCACAAUAAUUGUCUUCAUUAUUCUGGUGUUUGAAAAGGACUACAAUAAAAUGAAUUGGGUGGUGAAUUUGGUGAAGCAGCUGCACAGGAGCUUCAGCAUAUCUGGGCAAAAGCUCACCUUCAUUCGCCUUCUGGAGUACAAGUGCUCAGACGUUAUGGCUCAGUAUCUUGCCACGUACGCAAAUGGAAACCGUGAUGAAAAUGGGGAAACUUUAUUGACCGCGAGUCAACUCUUGACUGCCAUUGGAAGAUUUCAUGCAAAUAUCCUGGAAGGGUUGCUUGAAUAAGGGAAGAAAGCAUAGAUUUUGCUUAGGUUGUAUUUCUUUGCUGCAUUACAAAAUAUUUAAUAUUUAAAAAAUAUAUAUAUAUUUAUUGACACAUUUAUUUAUUUGCAUUGACACUCUGUUAGUGAGGUUGUAAUGCAGUCUGUUCUUGGGUUCAGUUUAGCAGUUUCAUACUGGACAAUUUUUUUUUAUGUUUGACACCCUCUCAGGGGCAGAAAAUUUGGAUUUCAAAGUUGUCUUAUUAAAUAACUUUGUACAAGAAAACAAGUUGAUGCGAUUUAAAAAAAAAAUUUUCUCAUGAAAAAAUGUGUGUAGAAAAAAAAAAGAAAUAUGCCAAAAUGUAUGAAAAAUUAAAUAAUUCCUUGGUGUAUUUAAGAGAAAAAAGAAAAAAAAUCCUACAUAUGACAGUACUGCAACAUUAGCACUUAAUAUGAGAGGUUUUACUAAAAAUUAGCAUAACGGGUAAUAUGUAGGUAAAUAAA